AUGUCAUGGCAAUCAUUUCUGACUUUUGGAGCAAUAUUGUGUGAAAUUGGGACUAUACAGUCUGCUAUUGUACUUUUUGUUUUUCUUACUCAUGUUGCGCGAUAUCAGAAAAUGAAAGCUGUAAGGCAUUUAAAAGCUUCUAGUUUUGCCUUAUCAUGUCAACGUCCAUUUAGGAAGAUAGUUAACCCGACCUAUUUAACUAAAAAUGGGAUACUAUACGAUUGGAAAGACAUUAUAUUUUUCAAUAAAUUUAUGCCUGGUGUUAUUACUGCUGUGGAGUGGUGUUCACUGGUACACAGAUUCAGAAUCCAAUAG